UCUUUGUACUGAUGCCCUGCCCUCCACCUCCAGCUCCCAGACAAUGAACUUCCAGAUGACAGGCCUGGGCCUGGAAAAGAGAAAGCUGGACAUUCCCCAGUCCUUCCUGGACCAGGAGGAGGCAGAGGAGGCGGAGGACCGGCAGCUGCUGGAGCCGGAGGCCUGGCGGACCUACAUGGGGCGGCGUGCAGCGCUGCGCGAGUUCCUGAGCUCAGACCUGAGUCCCCACCUGCUCAAGCGCCAUCACGCUCGCAUGGAGCUGCUCAGAAAGUGUUCUUACUACAUCGAGAUCCUCCCCAAGCACCUGGCACUAGGCGACCAGAACCCGCUGGUGCUGCCCGACACCAUGUUCCAGCUCAUCGAUCCCUGGAAGUUCCAGCGCAUGAAGAAAGUGGGCACAGCCCAGACCCAGAUCCAGCUGCUGCUACUGGGGGACCUGCUGGAGCAGCUGGACCGAGGCCGCGCCCAGCUGGACGCCCUGCUGGAGUCCCCUGACCCAAGGCCCUUCCUGGCAGGCUGGGGACUAGUGGAGCAGCGGCUGGCUGACCUGUCAGCUGUCAUGGACAAUUUCCUGGCCAUGAUGGUGCCAGGGCGCCUGCACAUCAAACACCGGCUGGUGUCUGACAUCGGCUCCACCAAGGUCCCCCACAUCCGGCUCAUGCUGAGCACCAAGAUGCCUGUCAUGUUUGACCGCAAGGAGUCGGUGGCCCACCGGGACUGGGUCAGCUUGCGUUGGUUCGUCACCAUCCAGCCGGCAGUGCCUGAGCAGUUUGAGCUGCGCUUUAAGCUUCUGGAGCCUCGGACGCAGCAGGAGGGCCUGCAGAGCGGCGUUAUCCCUGUGGCCGCCUGUACUUUCGAUGUCCGCAACCUGCUGCCCGACCGCUCAUACAGAUUCACCGUCAAGAGAGCCGAGAGCUACACGCUGGUGUACGAGCCCUGGAGGGACAGCCUCACCCUGCACACCAAGCCAGGGCCUCCCGAGGGGCCCACCCCCCGUCGGCUGGGCAAGGCCGGCCUGCCCCUGACCAUGCCUUCCCAGAGAUGAUUUUCUAAUAUUUAUCCACUAAUAAAGAGGAGUAUAAACAUA